UUAUUAUUAUUAUAAUUAUUAUUAUCAUUAUCAUUAUCAUCGUUUUACAAUCAUUUGUAUAUAGGGAGAGGAAAAAAAGUUACGUUAAAUCUUUUAAUUAAUUAAUUAGCUCCCACCCACCCAUCCAACCGAUAAUAAGAGAAAAAGGAGGAGGAGGAGGAGGAAGAAGAAGAAUUUAUUUGAAAAUUUUUGUGAUAUUAUGUUGUCUUCUUCUUCUUUCCCCGUCCCCCCCUCACCAGCUCCUCUCAUUAACCGAUGCCAGACGAUUUCGGAGCUCAACCAAAUCCAUGCCCAAAUCAUCAAGUCCAGCCGCUCAUCCUCUCAUCCCCUCAUCCUCCGUCGCCUCGUCGCCCUCUCGCCCUCCCACGGCUUCACGAUCCAUCUCUACUCUCGGUGGCUCUCAUCUUCACCCCACCUCCAAACCCUCCGACUCUCCCUCCCUUCGGUGCUCAAAUCCUGCGGCCGACACUCCUCCGUCGAGCAAGCCAAGCAAAUCCACGGUCAAAUCCUGAAGGCCCACUUCCAGCUUGACCCUUACGUAUCGAAUUCACUGCUCAGAACGUACUUUGAACUGGGCGAGGACGAAAUCGCUUGGAGGGUUUUUGAGAAAAUGCCGCAGAGAGACGCCGUUUCUUGGAAUUCGGCGGUUUCGGGCUUUGUCAGGUCCGGGCAUUUUGGUUUUGCACGCAGGGUGUUCGAUGAAAUGCCGCAGAAGGAUUUGGUUUCGUACAAUUCGAUGGUUGAUGGCUUGAUGAAGUGGAAUAGGUGUGAUCUCGCUAGGGAAUUGUUUUGUAGCAUGGAGGAAAAGGAUGUUGUGAGUUGGACCACGAUGAUUUCGGGUUACGUGCUUAAUUUUAGGCCGAAGGAAGCAUUGGAGGUGUUCAGAGAGAUGUUGAGCUCUGGCGUUGAGCCAGAUGCAGCUGCCGUUGUUAAUGUUCUUGCAGCUGUUGCUGAUUUGGGUUUUCCUGAAGAAGGCAAAUGGGUACAUGCCUAUCUCCGUCGAAGCAAUAUUAAGUUAAAUUCCGAGGUGCUUGGAUCAGCGCUUAUUGAUAUGUACUCAAAAUGUGGGCUUGUGACCAAUGCUUAUAAUGUCUUUAGAAGCGUAUGUGAUGGGAGACGAGUGGGUGAUUGGAACUCUAUGAUCUCGGGCUUGUCAAUCCAUGGUCUAGGUCAAGAAGCCUUGGAGAUUUUUGAAGAAAUGGAGAGAAACAAAAUCCAACCUGACGAAAUUACCUUCAUAGCAAUAUUGAAUGGUUGCAGCCAUAGCGGCAUGAUAGAAGAAGGUCUGUACUAUUUCAAGCUAAUGAAAGACAAAUAUCAAAUUGAACCUAGACUUCAGCACUAUGGGUGCCUGAUUGAUCUUUUCGGGCGAGCAGGGCUAAUAGAGGAAGCAAUGAGAAUCAUAGGAGAGGCAAUGCCAAUGGAGCCCGAUGCAAUGGCUUGGAAAUCCAUCCUCAGUUCUUGUGUCAAAUAUGGACUUGUGACUUACGGGGAGCACGCAGCAACGAAGGCUAUAGAUUUAGCACCACAAGACUCUAGCUCGUACGUGCUCUUGUCAAAUAUUUAUGCAAGGAAUAAGCAAUGGGAAGACGUCGAGAGGGUUAGAGAGUUGAUGAGAGAGAAACGUGUUCAAAAAGUCCCGGGUUGUAGUACGGUGAUGAUCCAUGGCAAGGUUCAUGAGUUCAUUGUGGGCAAAGAGAUGGGGGUUGGAUGUAGAGAGGUUGUUUUAAGCAAGUUAGAGGAGGUUAUAUCUAGAUUGAAGAUGGAAGGAUAUGAGCCAGACGUAACACAAGUUCUUGUUCAUGUAGGAGAGGGAGAGAAGGAAGGGUUGCUUAGUAUUCAUAGCGAGAAGAUGGCAGUUGCCUUUGGACUUCUAAAUUUAGAGGAAGGGAGUUCUAUACACAUAGUGAAGAACUUGAGGGUGUGUUGUGAUUGUCAUUCCUUUUGUGAGGUUGUUUCCAAGGUUUAUAACUAUGAAAUUGUGUUGAGGGAUCAGAAUAGGUUCCACCAUUUUAAAGGGGGUUCAUGUUCUUGCAAGGGAUAUUGGUAAAAGAUACAAUGCACGUAC